AAUGACUCAGAGAAGGACGAAGUUGACUGACUCGACUCGGACGCGACCGUGACGAAAUUACGCUCACAUUUAUAGUAGGGGUGCAAGGGGUCCUAGACGCGUCCGUGUCAAACAGACGUCAAUUCGGUCACCACCAAAUUGUUUGAGCUAAGCGUCACGCUCGAUCCGCUCGCCAUGUAUUCUGCUUCCGCUCAGAAAGCCAAGAGACGCACGCACACACGUCCGGAGCUCACCGACGAACAAAAACAAGAGAUAAAAGAGGCCUUUGAACUGUUCGACACGGACAAGGAUGGCUCGCUGGACUACCACGAACUCAAGGUUGCGAUGCGCGCCCUCGGCUUUGACAUGAAGAAAGCAGAGGUAUUGAAGAUACUACGAGACCAUGACAAGAGCGGUCAUGGUCUCAUAGACUUUGAGGAUUUUGCAAAAAUCAUGAGUGAACGGAUCCUGGCGCGAGAUCCGAUGGAUGAAAUCCGCCGAGCUUUCCAAUUGUUCGAUGAUGACAACACAGGAAAAAUCAGUCUCCGGAAUCUUCGACGUGUUGCAAAGGAGAUCGGUGACCGAUUGGAGGAUGAUGAAUUGCAAGCAAUGAUAGAUGAAUUUGACCUGGACCAGGAUGGAGAGAUUAACGAACAAGAGUUUUUCGCCAUCAUGACAGAUGAUCCAUAGCUCCUGGUUAUCUAUUGUCUCGAGUCAUAUAUUUAAUAUAUUUCGAUCGUUCUCUGUAUGGAACAUUCAAGAACUUUGUCCUCUGUGACAUGUUCAUCAGAAUCCCUCAUGUAAUUGUACAGCCGCCGCCUGAUAUGUAAUACGCCGCUGAGUUAUGGCUAUUCUACGAAUCCUUGUAACGUGGCCCUGAUGCCCACUGCGAACCACGAUCGGGAGCCGUAAAACCUUUAGAGACGCUAAGGAGAAGCUAGCAGGCUGCCGGACGGCGCAACUUG